AUGCCCCCUUCGCUCCCCCUUCUUAAGAAAACCAUCACGCUGGAUGAGGCGCUCAGUCAGGAUGAAAAUAUCCUCCAACAGCUAUCGUAUCCAGAGAAACGACUAGACUUUUUCUACUAUCUCUUUCAGCACCGUGCGGGGAUUGAGGCCAUCGUAUCUUUCCACCUUGGGGUUUCCAAGGAUGUCUGCAAGGUAGCAGGGGAGUUCAGCGAGUGGGUUCACGGCAGCUUCAAUGCCUGUAUACCUGUAUAUAUCAAUGGCCCGACUAAAUCCUUAAAAAAUGUGUUCAUCAGGUUCCCCCUGCCAUACAAAGCCGGCGAGUCACAGUAUCCCGGUAACGCAGAGGAGAAGCUCCGCUGUGAGGUUGCCACCUACAUAUGGAUGCAGAGCAAUUGUCCUGACGUUCCAAUACCCUAUCUAAGGGGAUUCGGCUUUUCUGGAGGUCAAACUUUUACCGCUGCUGCAAAUGCACCUCUGCUUUCCAGGAUUGCGUGGUUCCUUCGACAGAGAGUUUCAUGGUUAUUCGGAUGCCCGAUUCCGUGUCAAUACCUUAUCCGCCAACCGCCCUAUAAAUUAGAGGCUGGAUAUCUAAUUGUGGACUGCGUAGAUGAGGGUACUAUGCUCUCUGAGUCUUGGGAGACGCAACGGCACGAUCUAGACCGGAGGACCAAUCUCUUUAGGGACUUAUCUCGGAUCAUACUUUCGUUAAAUCGGCUUCCAUUUCCGCGCAUUGGAUCUCUAACUAUAGAUGAUCGCGGUGUCAUAGACCUCAUAAACCGGCCCCUGACAUGUGAACUCCAACAGCUGGAGAAUCUUGAUAUCCCGACAGAUAUCCCAAGGGAUCAAACAUAUAGUACUACAGACACGUACUUUUCGGACCUCCUAGCAUGCCAUGACAACCGCAUGCGGUAUAUGCCUAAUUCAAUUCACAACACAUCUGACGGCCAAGAACAACUGUCAGCUCUAACUAUAAUGCGAGCUCUCUUUCCGCACUUUACAAAUCGCAAUCUACGUCAUGGGCCCUUCGUUUUGACGCUCACCGACCUCCACCAAAGUAAUAUCUUCGUCGAUAGCAACUGGCAUAUCACGGCGAUAAUUGAUCUCGAGUGGGCAUGUGCCCGACCGAUAGAGAUGCAGCGCCCACCAUAUUGGCUAACGAGCUGUUCACUUGACGGUCUUGAUGGCGAAGAUCUCGUAGCCUAUAGUAACGCACAUUCAGAGUUCAUGGAAGCCUUUGAAAUGGAAGAGCGAUCUCUUGGAAAAGGAGAUAUCCCAUAUACACGUGUAAUGCGGAAGGGCUGGGAAAUUGGAGCCUAUUGGUUCUUCUCUGCGUUGGACUGUCCGGAUGGUUUGUACAAUCUAUAUUUGACCCACAUUCGGCCGAGAUUCACCAAAUACGAAGAGGCUGGAGGCGACUUCGAUCGAAUUAUGUCGGCAUACUGGAGUACUGACACGACCGAAUUCAUUGCUGCAAAGGUUAGGGAGAAGGAGGAAUAUUCUAGCCAGUUGCGCCAAAGGUUCACGGCUGAUGUCGAUGAGGUGAUGAGUGGUACUUCCGUAUAA